AUGGCGCGGAAAAUUUUGAUUGAUCCGAUGGUGGGAAGCAAGAAAACAAGGCGCAACAAGGCACGGCAACAUACGUCGAGCAGCUGGGAUCUCUGGGAGAUGGCGGGCCGAAGAUUCAAGACAGGUUCAGCGCGGCAUGGCGGGUUAUCUGCUGCGAGCUCUAUUCACUCAUCCAGCGUUCUCCCAGAGCAGCAACGGCGACGGCAGCUAGAACUGCGCCUGUCCUUGACGAGCGCAACCAGACAGAUCCCACAAGACCGCGGCGUGGCGUAUGCACCCGCUCGCCCAAGUCCAAAGGUCAAGGGCCAGCAGCAGCAGGAGGAGGAGGAGGAGGAGAAGAAGAAGAGCACGGACAAGGGGAAGGAGAAGAAGCUUGACAUGGAAAGUCGCAGAGUUGCAGUCACGACUGCCGUUUGA